GGCCGUGGCAGACAGGUGGCGCUGGUUCUCUGGCACUGAUGGGUCGGCCAGUCAAGAGGAACAGAAGUUUGUUCUGCGCUGUGUUUUUACGCAGGCGCAGAUCAUGCUGUUUGUCCAGUUUCGCUGGUUGACUUUUACCUGUGAGGUAGACUAGUUUCGGUUCGCCGCUGCGAAUAGGAAUCAGCUCCGGUCCAGAGGUGACAAGUCUUCUCCCCCCUCCCUCCCUCCACGGCCCCUUGUGACUCAGGGGUUCCCACUGCGGAGCGUCGGACGGGAUUUCUCCGGGAUUUUGGAGUCGGUGCGCAACAGCGAGCGAAGCAGGAGGCAGGUGCACGGGAGAGGACAGGACAGGGGGAGGAGGAGGAGGGCUGCUUGUAUUUCCGUGACAGAGUCCUGCCGUUCACACCGGACCGAAUGACUGGAAAUCAACUGGUUGGCGCCUCCGUGGUCGAUCAGUGUUACUUUCAUUAGUAUGCGGCUGGAGUCCCCCGCUGCUGCUGGCAUCCAACCGGAGGACUGAUCGGCAGCCCUGAAGUCUCCUCCGUGCCUGCUGAGUGACUCCUCGCCCCGGGGAGGACAGGGUGGAGGAGGCGACGGCAGCAGAAGCAGGACCCCGGCUGCAGCCUCCGCUGUGUGGAACAGUUUUCGCGGACACAACGCGGACCUCCUCGUCUCGUGGAUCGGGAAGAUGAUGAGCUUCCUGCGCCGGACGUUCAGCCGCACCCGGAGCCGCCUCCACUUGAGGGAAGGGGAUGAAGUGGAUGGUAAAGGUGUAGGAGGAGGGGCAGGAGGGGUGACCGGGAACCCCCUUCUCCUGGCCCACCAGCAGCAGGUCGUCCACACGCCCGCCGUGGUCACAGCGGGAGCUUCGGUUCACAUCCCCGCGGCCGGGGCGGCUCGGACCACCAUCACCUGCCGCGUCCUGCUGCUGGACGGCUCGGAUGUCAAUGUGGAUUUACCUAGCAAGUCCAAAGGGCAGGAUCUUUUUGACCAGAUCAUGUAUCAUAUAGACCUGGUGGAGACAGACUACUUUGGAUUGCAGUUCAUGGACACAGAUCAAGUCUCACACUGGCUGGAUGUGACCAAGCCCAUAAAGAAGCAGAUCCGAGACGGUCCUCCAUACAGACUCUUCUUCAGAGUCAAAUUUUACUCUUCAGAGCCCAAUAAUCUGCGCGAGGAAUUUACAAGGUAUCUGUUUGUGUUGCAGCUUCGACAAGACAUUCUGUCUGGCAAACUGAAGUGUCCGUACGACGUGUCCGUGGAGCUGGCGGCCUAUUGUUUACAAAGUGAGCUGGGAGACUGCGAUCCCUUGGAGCACUCGCCCGUGCUGGUGUCGGAGUUUCGCUUCACUCCCAAACAGAGCGAGGCCAUGGAGGCGGACAUCUUCAGCAGGUGGCUGGAUCUCAGGGGAAAGAGCCCGUCGCAAGCGGAGAUUUCGUUUCUCAACAAAUGCAAGUGGCUGGAACUUUACGGCGUGGACAUGCACUUUGUCAAGGGCAGAGAUGGAGGAGAGUAUGCACUGGGUCUUACCCCGACCGGCAUCUUGGUUUUCGAGGGCUCCAACAAAAUUGGGCUUUUCUUUUGGCCCAAAAUCACUCGACUGGACUUCAGAAAGAGUCGACUGACGCUGAUGGUGGUGGAAGACGAUGAUCAGGGACGGGAGCAGGAGCACACGUUCGUGUUUGAGCUGGACAGCGCCCGGACCUGCAAACACCUGUGGAAGUGCGCCGUGGAGAGCCAUGCCUUCUUCCGGCUGCGCCAGCCGACCACGACCAAGGCCAGCCGCAGCGACUUCACGCGGCUGGGCUCCCGCUUCAGAUUCAGCGGGAAGACGGAGUAUCAGGCCACCCAUGGAGGCAGGCUGAGGAGAGCCAGCACGUUUGAGAGAAGGCCCAGCAAGCGGUACCCCUCCCGGACGCAGUCACUGUGCAAAGUUUCUAUUUCUCCGGCCAAGCCUCCACACAUCAGCUCUCACGCCAGCCCUGAUCCCAGCCUGCAUCCGGGUUUAAUUUCAGCAUCUCUUCAAUCCUCUCCUUCCCUCCAGUACCAGCACAACAUUCCUGUCGGUCACGAGCCCUGGCAUCCGCCCCACCCCGCGCUUACACCCCCCGUUUACCUGCAGCACUCUGGACACACACCACCGCACAGUUUCCCACUCAGCGGUCCCACUUCAGCCAGUCAGUUCAGCGUCGAAGAGAAUGAAAACUCGUAUUCUGGCAAGACCCACCACCGUCACCGCCGCCACACGCACAGCCAGGGCACACUCUGCCACACGCACACCAAGAACAAACGUCGAGCUCCUCCCUGCCCUGCAGAUGAGUUGGACAUCUCUCAGUCUCUGCUCAAGGCUCUGGAGUCAGACAGCGAUUCUCCUCCCUGGCCUUCGCUGCACAUCAACAUCGACAACAAGGGAGAGGAGAAGCAGUUGUCUGAAAAGUCUCUGCACCCGCCUGCCUCUCCAGCCAUGCUCCCCGACCACCUCAAGUGCAACAUCCUCAAGGCCCAGAUGGAGGCGGCUUUCAGGAAGGAGGUCCCUACAACGCCGAGAGCGAAGGCCUCAAACGAGACCCUCAGUGACAGGUACCAGAGCUCAUCCCAGGAUUCGGCUGCAUCCAGUUUGACAGCAGACAAGACGCCCCACCGACAAGACCACAACCCAACGGAGAGUCUGCAAUGCCAGACUAACCCGAGCAGCAACCGCAGAAAACGACUGGUCCGGCAGUUCAGCUUUAACCACGAAGACGAAGAAAAUCUCCCAGAAGCACUUGCGGCCAUCUCCUCUCAAAGUACGGGAAAGACGGGCUCUAACAGCUCAUUGGACAAACAGAUACAGCCGUCUAUAUACCCACAGGUGGAUAAUAUGCCAUCUCUAGAGGUGGGUAGCCCGUGCUGUCCCUCUCCUUCGCCUUCCCCUCACCUCUCCCCCUCUUACUACCGUAGCUCCAUCCCUCACCUGGUCCCUUACCUUGCAGCUCAUAACGACAGCGGAGAAGAAGUUAGAGUGGACAGAGAGAAGAUCCUACGAGCCCUCCUGAUGACGGAGCUCUGAGUCCUUGACCUCUGACCCGCGUGACGUCCACUUGAGACAAAGCAAACAAAUCAGAAGCUGAAAAGAAGUCCCAAAGCCAAUGGAGUCAAUCAGCAUUUGUAUAUUUGCAUUGCACAUUAAGCAUCUAUAAAUAUAUAUUUGCAUAAAGGCGAUUGUUAUAUUUGCUUAUCAUUGUUUUAGAACGAGAGCCGGUCGGACUGAAACACACAGAGAGAAGAUACAGACGUGACUGGUGCUGCCUGCAUGAUGAAUAUGUUUAAAUGACUUUUUGUGAUUCAUCGUCAGUGUGUCCGUGUUGAUGCCUAAACUGUGUUUCAGACAGCGACUGUUGCAGCGGUGAUCUCCACGCAAAAAGAGCACUGUUAAAGUGAAAAUCACUUUCAAAUCAAUUUGUUCAAAAUGUAAAUAGACACUGUAAUUAAUCCAGAGCAGGCACUGUACAUGCUUACCUCCGUACUGUAUUUAUUAUAUCAGACGACCAUUUUUACAUGCCGAAUCAUUCACAGGUUUUUAACAAAUCUUCUUGAACAGAAUUGAAACUGAAAGCAAGGACUGACUCCAUGUCAACGCUGCGAAACUGUGCAGCUGCGAUCUCAAUCUUUCCACCAGAAGGAGCCAAAUCUGCAGUGACGCAGUCAAUAAUCCUGUGUUACAGGUCGCAAUGAGGAACCGUAGACUGGAGAAAUGCGAGGAGCAGAUAAAGGAUCGCUUGGCUAUAUUUUUACAUACAGUUUUUACCACAAAUCAAACCCAAAUCCGGUGUCAGAAGUCGUAUUGUUGGGAGUGAGGGAUUAGUAUGUGUAACUCUGCUGCUCAACAACUUUCUAUCAGCUCUUGUUUGUCACAGCCACAUUUGAGGCAGCACACGAUCUGCCGCUGUAAUGUACUGUAUCGAUUGAGUUGUUCCUGCCCUCGGCUGGAUCUUAAUAAAGGCCACAUCAUUAGCUUGAA